AUGCCGAAUUAUGUCAAGUUCUUAAAAGAUAUUUUGACAAAGAAAAGGAGGCUUGGCGAGUUUGAAACGAUCGCUUUGACUGAGGGCUAUAGCGUUAUGUUGAAGAAUAAAAUUCCACCUAAAUUGAAAGAUCCGGGCAGCUUCACAAUUCCAAUUUCUAUUGGGGGACGGGAUGUUGGAAGAGCUCUUUGUGAUUUGAGAGCUAGUAUUAAUCUCAUGCCCAUGUCUAUUUUCAAGAAGUUGGGAAUUGGAGAAGCAAGGCCAACCACCGUCACUUUACAAUUAGCGGAUCGUUCCAUGGCUCAUCCAGAUGGAAAAAUUGAAGAUGUUUUGGUACAAGUAGAUAAGUUCAUCUUUCCGGCGGACUCAUUAUUCUCGACUAUGAGGAAGAUAGGGAAGUUCCAAUCAUUUUAG